AUGUCUGCCAUGGCGGGCGGUUUGCUGCUCCUGCCCAGCGGGUUUCUGCACGGGGCAUUGCGACUGCAGACAUUCGGACCGGUCGCCCGUCCUCCCUGGAGUCUGCGGUAUGCGAUCCUGUAUGCGCCGGUGCUGCUGCUGAUCCCUGUUUCCGGCAGUAUCUUUGAGUCAGCGUCCCGCGACUUUUUGUUGAGCACGUCCGGGUUUCACGUCCCUUAUCUGGCGUGGCUGACGGUCGCCAAUCUGAGUUCGGCCGGGAUUUUCUGGAGUCUGCGCAACAGACUGGAACUGCCCGGCAGCCGCAACAUUCUGCUGCAGAUUGCCGGCUGCCUGGUCGUUAUCACAGGCCUGGCCAUCGCCUAUGCCGUGAUGUCUGAGGAUUCCACAUCAGCCCCGCUGCUGCGGACAGUGGUCACAAUGUCACUGAGUGUCCCGGCCAUCUGCUUUGCCUGGAGUAUUUUUCACCGACGGCUGAUCCCGCUGAUGCUGGAACGCACGCUGGGCUACGGAGCGCUUCUGGUGGCCAUGCUGCUGCUGCACCGGGUGGUGGUGACACCAUUCACGGAACGACUGAGUGAAGACCUGAAUCUGGACUUUGUCCUGAUUGAGUUUGUCGCGCUGCUGGCCCUGAUUCUGGCGUGGCGACCGCUGCGCAAUCGAGUCAAAGAAUCGCUGCAGUACCUGCUGGGAACGAACAUCACUCAGGUGCGCGAUGCCACACGACAGCUGUCGUCGCAGCUGCUGAUGCGUUCGAAUGACCGAGUCGACCAGACGAUGAACUGGUUCGCCGAAGCGAUCCGCGAGAUGCUGCAUAUCGACUACGUGUGGCUGGCACUGUCGGCUGAGAAUCAUACCAGCGCGUCGGCCGGACCGGACGUUGCCGGUGCCGUUGGGCCGGCGGCAGAAUCUGUUGACUCCCAGGCAGUCUACGCCGUGCCGAUUCCCGACGAUGCUCUGUGGGUCGACCAGACGCGCAGUCGUGACCCACACGUGACAGAACAGCUGCGAAGCCUGCAGGCAUCCGCGGUCUUUCGAUUUACGUUCCGCAGUAUCAAUGGUCGUUUGCUGCUGGGAACUCCUGAAGGGGGAGAUCACUUUUCGAACGAACAGCUCAACAGUCUGUCGCUGCUGCUGGAUCAGUUUGCUGUCACCGUCCACAACCGCGAACUGGAAGAAGCAAGACAGCUGGCCGAACGCCGGGCCAUGCAGCAGGAGAAGCUGUCGAUCCUCGGGCUGAUGUCCGGAUCUCUGGCCCACGAACUGCGGAAUCCGCUGUCAUCCAUCAAAACGAUUUCGACGCUGCUCAUCGAAGAUCUGAACGAAUCCACCAGUCACCGCCGCGAUCUGGAACUCAUCGUCUCAGAAAUCGAUCGACUGACCGAAACAACCAGCGGUCUGCUGCAGUACUCCCGUCCGGCCGAUUCAUCGUCACACGAAGCCUGUGUGGAACAGGUAAUUGAGCGGCUGCUGAGAAUCCUGCGGCAUCUGGCACAGCAGCAUGGCGUGAGCAUCGUGACGCGUUAUCAGUCUCAUGACGCCAUGGCGUCCGGCAGCGAAGCCACGCUCAGCGAAAUCUUUUUUAAUCUCAUCCGCAACGCCAUUGAAGCGGCCAUGCAUGCCGACAAAUCUCCUCAGAUCCUUGUCGUCGACGACGAAUCCGCCGCCCGCUACGGAAUGCUCAAGGCCCUCCGCGGCGACGGACGUACGCUGCUGGAAGCCGAAGACGGUCAGCAGGCCCUGGAGCUGAUCAGUACGCACGCGCCCGACCUGGUCUUCCUGGACCUCAACAUGCCCGUGAUGGACGGGAUCACCAUGCUCAGGACUCUGCAGCAAAAGGGAACGGAAGUGCUGCCUGAGAUCAUCGUGGUGACGGCUCACGAAACCGUGGAUCGAGCCGUCACCUGUAUUCGCUGCGGGGCCACGGAUUUCAUCACCAAGCCCUACGAUGUUGACCACGUACGGUCGAUUGCCACUCGAUCAGAAGAACGAUGCCUGCUGCGUCAGAAGGUGAGCAGCCUGGAGAGCGAUUCGGAAGGCAGUCCCCGGUUCGGCCGCAUGCUGGGGGCCAGCGCACCGAUGCGCCGACUGUUUCGCCAGAUUUCCCGGGCGGCUGCCACGGCACUGCCGGUUCUGAUUCGUGGUGAAAGCGGCACCGGCAAGGAGCUCAUCGCCCGUGAACUGCACGAUCGCAGCAACCGAGCUGACGGUCCAUUCGUGGCGGUCAACACGGCGGCCAUCGCCGAAUCGCUGAUUGAAAGUGAACUGUUUGGACAUGUGAAAGGAGCGUUCACCGGAGCCGACCGCCCGCGUGAAGGGGUCUUCCGUCAGGCCAGCGGCGGAACACUGUUCCUCGAUGAAAUCGGUGACAUGCCGGCAUCCGUGCAGACUCGUCUGCUGCGAGUGCUGCAGGAAGGACUGGUCCAGCCGGUCGGUACCGAAGACUGUGUUGAAGUCGACGUGCGCGUCAUCAGUGCGACUCAUCAGGACCUGGAACAGGCCAUUGAAGAAUCGAAGUUUCGCCAGGAUCUGUAUUUUCGGCUGAAGGGCAUCGAACUGUCGGCUCCCACACUGGCGUCGCGUCAGGAAGACAUCCUGCUGCUGGCCAAUCAGUUUCUGGUGGAGGCCGGGCAGCUGGCCGACGAAGAGACGGAGGAAGGUCCCGCCUUUUCAGAGGCAGCCGUACGAGCACUGAUCAGCCAUCACUGGCCCGGCAAUGUGCGGGAGCUGCAGCAGCUGAUUCAUUCAGCCGCCGCCAUGGCUGAAGGAUCGACCAUCAGUCCGACUGACCUUGGGCUGACGAUGACGGCGCCGCCGGAAGAAGUGGCGGCGUUUGAACGUUACGCCGACCUGCCGCUUACCGAAGCACGCAGUCAGCUGGUGGAGGAUUUUGAGAAAGCGAUGAUCAGUCGUGCGCUGGAGCUGGAGGACAAUAAUGUCAGCGCGGCCGCACGUCGACUGGGUGUGCACCGCCAGACCCUGCAGCAGAAAAUGAGACAGCUGGGACUGCGUUAG